CGCAGUCAACAUUAACUCUGAGCCGUGUAGACUUUGCUUCUUUGAGACAAUCCUUACGAGAAUACGUGACGAACUAAUAAAAGGUCCUUUGUUAUGACAAAGGUUGUUAUAAAUACUAAGUUCAAACACAGCUAUAGUGACCAUGUUUACUGCUCCUGGCAACUUUCUUAAGUUGAUUCUGCCUCCUCAUAUUUUUCUCUUACAGAGCAUUCUAGUUUUCGUUCCUUCGUUUGUUUGGGGCUUUGACUAUGACUAUGAGACGGAUCACAUGGCACCGAUUAUUCUUGUGCCAGGGGUCGGCGGGGUUCGGGUGGAGGGUAAGUGGCACACGCAUGGUCAACCAUGGUACUGUGGAGAGAAAUCAUGUGGUUGGGAACAGCUAUGGUUUCGGAAAAGAACCGGCCUAGGCGGGAUGCCUUUAAAAUGUUUGGUUUUUCGUUACAAACUCAUCUAUAACAGGACAACGCACCGCAGUCACAAUCAAAUCGGAGUGAAGACACGCGUCGUGGGGAAAUUCGGGAGCCUUAAACCCGUCGAGUAUCUGACGAACGAUCCUAUCUCCCACCUCGGGAGCCAUUACUUCGAUGACAUCGCGAAAUCCUUUAGGAGGAGCGGUUACUCUGACGAACACAACUUGAAAGCUGCCGCUUAUGACGGUCGAUAUGCAAUACCGCAACUGGAGGACUUUGGAUACUUUGUCAACUUCACUGAGUUGGUAGAACGAACUGCUCACUGCUCAAAAAGAAGGGUGUCGAUCGUCACACAUAGCAUGGGUGGAUUAGUAGCAGCAUACUUCCUCGUUAAUAAGACGCAAGCGUGGAAGAACAAAUACAUCCAUAACUUUAUUGCGAUCUCGACGCCUUGGCUGGGAAGUCCUAAAGCUAUCGAAGCAUUCGUUACAGGAACAAACUUCGAUGUUAAGACUUUCCAAUUAUCAAUAAUGAGAGAGCUAGUCAGAACAUUCCAAUCUGUAGCGCUUCUCUUGCCCGCGGAAAACGCUUACAAGGAAACAGUUUUAGUUGACUGGCCUGAGCAGAACAAAAUUUACACGGGAAAAGACUAUAAACAAUUGUUUACGGAUAUGAAGUACAAAGAUGGUUAUCUUAUGAGGAGAGACGUCCGGUCCCUGAUGCCCGUUCAUGGCAAAAAACUGGGAGUGAAGUUGGUUUGUGUUUGGUCACACUUCGUGAAAACACCUUUCACGAUGCAUGUUGAGGGACACAUGGCUAACCCAAAGCACGUCUGGCGCACUGACGUUGACGGAGAUGGGACGGUAACUCUGGAGAGUUUAGAAUAUUGUAAAAGAUUUCCAAAUGUGACGACCAGAGUAUUCCCGGGCAAAGACCACUUGAAAAUAGUUUUCUCCGAUGGCGUUAUCGACUACAUCAAAUCAAAUCUCGUGCAUGCAAAGCCUGUGUUGUACUGAUGAAGGCAAUGAUUUUGGUAUCAAGUUAAUUCGAACAGCGAACUCAGAAAAAAAUGUUUACAUUCCGAUUCUAAUUAAAAUGUUUCUUUAGAACGUACAAAA